AUGCUCAAAAUCAAGCAAACGGCCCAGUUUGUUAUUGACGAGGUCGAGUACAACCAGCUCCUGGUCGCCAUUAAUGCCUCAGAUGCCGAGCCCAAGCGGGGCGAACUCGAGAACGAAGUCUACCCCUACUCCGACGUGAUCGGCCUCGCGAUCCAGCGCGUUAACCUCAUCGGCGACACGAGUGAGGCCAAGGCGCCCUUUCCUUAUGAGCGCCGUACGCGAAGCACCAGUCGCAUGACCAAGCACGAGGUGGACGGCCAGUGGUCGUACACCGCGCCCACCAAGUUCCUCCCGACGCUCAAUACGGGUGCGGGGGCAGCGGUGGUUCGAAGCUGGAUUGUCGACGCCCUCCAGAAGCUCGCGGAAGAAGAUGACCCCUUUGGCGACGAGAAUCAUCUUGGUGACAAUGUCUUCGACGACGACAACCUCGUCGACCACUUUGAGGCGCUGCACAACUUGCCCGGGCGCAAGAACGCGGACAAGACUGCGUUUAUCCUGGCUAUGUGGAACGAAGCCGACAAGCGGGGCUUCGGAUUCAAGAUCCCGGCCGACAUCUUCAAGCAGACAUGUGACUACGUGGACCAGCGGAAGCGGCUGGCACUGAAAGCAAACCGCCUUUACUCGGCUCGAGAGCGCAACAUCAUCAGAGAGCGCAACAUCAUCAUAGCACACGUUCUCAAAGUCUUCAAGGAGGGGCGCCAUGUUUCAGCAAUGGAGCUGAACAAGCUUCUGCCCGCUCGCUCUCAGUCGAACCUGCGCGCGUGGGUGACGAAGAACCGCCGUGCCCUUGCAGAGGCCAUGUUGGGACGACUGGACUACUCCCUGUUCACCGGGGACAUCCGAGAAGAAGACGAGGAGGAGGCUGAGCAGGAUGAAGAGACCGAGGAGGAGAAGGAGGCCGAGGAGGAGGAGGAGGAGGCCCUGGAGGAGGAGGACGGCCACUGGAAUAUGGAGGUGGACGAAGACGACGAAUCCGACGUCUUCACCCCCCGACCGCAGCCCACUUCUUCGUCGCGCACAACAACUCGACCUGCCACCACCACGAGAGCUUCCACCUCGACUGGGUCGAGCACUCGCCCUAGCCGCCGCGCCCCUCCCAAGUCCUUUGUCUUCGACCCUUUCAAGUCCUUUCCUCCGACCUCGUCGACCAGGACGGGUUGA